AUGGAGGAGGCAAAGACAAACACAUGGAAACAAGACGCUGACGAGACUCUGAUACAGGGUAAGCUCUACGUCCGCGGUGACUCCAAGAUCUUCCGUUUCCAGAACGGAAAGUCCGAGUCCCUCUUCCUCCAGCGCAAGAACCCCCGCCGCAUUGCCUGGACCGUUCUGUACCGUCGCCAGCACCGCAAGGGUAUCUCUGAGGAGGUCGCCAAGAAGCGCACCCGCCGCACCGUCAAGGCCCAGCGUGCCAUCGUCGGUGCUUCCCUCGAUGUGAUCAAGGAGAAGCGCUCCAUGCGCCCCGAGGCCCGCUCCGCCGCCCGCGCCGCCGCCAUCAAGGAGUCCAAGGACAAGAAGAACGCCGACGCCGCCGCCAAGAAGGCCGAGAAGGCCAAGACCGCUGCCGCCGGUGGCAAGAAGGGCCCCAUCGCCUCCAAGCAGGGCUCCAAGGGCGCCGCUCCCAAGGUCCAGGCCCGUACCCGUUAA